AUGAAAGGCUUACUUAUAAUAGCUUUACUUAUUCAAGGUUUACUAUCUGAAAAUGAGGCUGAAGAAGAAGUGGUAAUAGAUGAAGGAGGAUCUUAUUCAAUCUCUAAAAAUGAAGUAGGAGCUGAUUAUGAUCUGCUAAUUGCAACAAUCACUGACUCAGAUUUUGAUGAUCAGCCUACAAGAAUAAAAAAUUUGAAUGAAGAUAUGGAGUCCGUCUUGCUUGAUUAUGACGGACAAAAUUACUUAGUUUCUGUUGGACCUGAUUUUCUUGGGGAAUAUAAAGCUCGAAUAGAUUCAGAAAAGUCCGCAUCAUUUUUGCAGUUAAAUAUUGAUAGUAGCUCUAAUUAA